AUGGAGGAACACAUUCGUAGAGUCCUCAAUAAAGAAAAAAUCGAAGCUACAUAUCUAGAAAAAACUAUACAAAAUGAACUAAUGGAAUUUUUGCAUGACAACAGAAAGCACGACAUCAUUGCGCAGGUUCAAAAGGCCAAGUAUUAUUCCGUGAUUCUUGACAGUACUCUCGAUGCAAGUAAAGCAGAACAGAUGACAUUUGUGGUAAGAUUUGUAUACAUACAGGAUUCAGAGUCUGAAGUUCAAGUUAUUAUCAAUGAACAUAUUUUGGGUUUUCUACCCAUUGAGAGAUCCAUAGCUAAAGAAUUGUCGGAGGUUUUACUAGAAGAGCUAGAGAAAAAUAGGCUUAAAGUAGAAAAUAUGACAAUGGUUUCAAUAUGA